AUGACGAACUCGAAAGAUGCAAUGUCAGAAUCUGAUUCACAGAUAAUCGCUGCUCUUUGUAUCAUUGGAGAAAAUAUUGGAUUGAUUUCAUCAUAUCUUCUCGUAAUAAAAUAUGAACUUCCUAACGUAAUUCUUUCAUUGAUGGAGGAAACGAAAUCAGAUGGAUCUUGGUACUACGAUGGAAACAUUCUUGUAAUUAUUGUAACAUGUGCUGUCAUCGUCCCUCUUUCAUCUUUCAAGAACAUUCGAUUUCUCGGAUACACAAGUGGAUUCUCAAUUCUGUGCGUGUUUUUUUUCGUAAUCACUGUAAUUUUCAAAAAGUUCACAACACCAUGUCCCUUGCUGAGUAAGGGCAUCAUAGACAAUCUUACGGUAUCAGAAAAUGUCACUGCGUAUAUGAAAGAUAGUUAUCCUGGAUUUGGAGGUGGAGAUUUGAUUUCUAAUGCGUCGAAAACGGAUUUUCAUUAUUCUAAUGGUAGUGUUUCAAACUUUCAUCUGGAACAUGAUGAACAACAGUGCGACGCAGCUGUUUUUGAGUACACUGAUAACUGGGUUUAUGGCCUUCCAAUCAUCAUUUUUGCAUUUUCCGGCCAUUUCAGUGUACUUCCUAUUUAUGCAGAACUGAAAAGUCCAUCAACAUCGAGAAUGCAAUAUGUGGCUUUUUCGGCAUUUACAACAUGUUUUACUUUGUAUUCACUGUCUGCGGUAUUCAGCUAUUUAACAUUUUAUAAUUGGUUGGAACCAGAAUUACUUUUGACUUAUAAUCGAACUGACCAGGACAAUCUUCUUACACUUUUUGUUAGGAUAUGUGUGUCAUUAACUGUAAUGGUCACUGUACCAGUAAAGCAAUUUGCGAUGAGAAAAGCUAUCAAUUUUAUACUGUUUCCGAGGAAAAAGUUUUCUUGGUUCAGACAUAUUGGAAUAAUGCUUGUCAGUUUGGCGGGGAUUCUAUGUUUUGUGAUAUACGUUACAAACAUUCGGGAAGUUUAUGGAAUUGUUGGUGCGACAACAAGCAAUAUGUUGACAUUCAUUCUACCUUGUGUAUUCUUCCUAAAGCUAAACAAUUUAAGCUUGAAAUCUCCUCUCAAAAUAGUUGCUAUCAGUAUUUGUGUUGUGGGAAGUGGUAUCAUGAUUCAAACCUUGUGUAUUCUUAUUUUUGGAUACAUUUCAAAAUAA